UGAGUGGUGUUGAUCCAGCGGUCGCUGAGGUGUUGUGAUGAAGGCGACUGACCCCGAGUGUAUUCUCACUAUAUUGAUUCAUGAUGGAAGCAGAAGUAUUAGCCCUCAAAUGGAACAAUCACCAGAGUAUAUUUUAUCACAUCAUCUGUGGGCUCCGAACUAAGGGCAACUACACUGAUGUGACAUUGGCAUGCGAGGGCAAGUUUUAUCCCGUCCAUAAGUUAGUUUUGUCCACAUGUAGUGAAUAUUUUAGUGACAUAUUUGACCGUACUCCAUGUAAAAACCCAGUAGUUGUUUUAAAAGACAUUCAGUGUCAAGAUCUUGAGUUCUUGUUGGACUAUAUGUACAUUGGUGAAGUCAAUGUCAGACAGAGUGAACUGUCAUCGCUCAUUAAGGCAGCAGAAUGUCUUAAAAUUAAAGGAUUGGCAGUACCAGAUGAAGAACCAAAUCACAAGGUUUCUGAUGGAGGAAAUUCUAAUUCUGGAAGUAGGCAUCGUUCAGCAGAGCAGCACUCUGGAGAUUGCAAGAGUCCCCCACCAAAGAGACGACGUGCUGAAGACAGAAGAAUAAGUGCUUCACUAACGCCAGAGCAGUCGGCAGAUGUAGCGCAUGGAGAGAAAUCCCAGAGUGAUCAAGCCAAUGAUGAUGCCUCGCUCCCUACCCCAGACUGUCUUGAGCAGCAACUGCCAGAACCUCAUCAGGAAAAGGAAAGUGUACCAGGGUGGACCGAAGGUGACUCUCCCGUCCUCCCUCAGGCUGCUGUAGCUGCUCUGGGCCUCCUUCACUCAUCAGGGGACUCUCAGCCACCACUUCGCCUCCUCCCACAGCAGCAUCGGGGCACUGGAGGUUCGCCUUUUGCGCAUCAACAGAAUGUGAUGGUGGGUGAAGGCCUUCUUCCUGGAGAAUAUCUCCAACAAAAGGAUAAACCACAGCGAGAUUAUGUGUGUCAGUUCUGUGGGAGAGAAUUUAGCCACCGGACUAACUUACAGGCCCACUUGAGGAUACACACUGGUGAGAAGCCAUUCCACUGUCUGUACUGUCCUUACCGUACAGCCCUGAAGGGAAAUCUAAAGAUGCACACUAUCUCCAAGCACAAAGCCGACUGGAAGACCAUCAAACACUUAGUACAACCUGUGACUGAUGAGAAAGGUGUAUGGAAUGUGGCCAGGGAGGAGGAGGUCACCUAAGGUCUUACUUUAUGUUCGGUGCUGGUGGAGAAUUACAUUGCCCCAUCUGUGGCAGAGCGAGUAGUCGACGCGACAACUUGGAACGUCAUAUCCGCAGUCACCUGGGAGACAAGCCUUUUAAAUGUCCCUACUGUACCUUCCGUUCUCAGCUAAAGUGGAAUAUGAAAUCUCAUAUAGAACGAAGACAUCCUCACACCUGUAUAACUUCUUCACAAUGACAUUCUUUUAAUAAAAAAAACUGCAAAAAUUCCACAUAUUUUUCAAAGCUCACUAAGAAUAUGUAAAGUUUAAGGUAUUUAAGAUACUGUAAUUAUAGUUACAACUUUCAGUGGUAGAAUAAAGUAAACCCUCGAUUUAUCGGACUAGAUUGUUCAUUAGUUACAAUGAUAGCAAAACAGUUUUGAGUUUAUCCACCACAAUUACCACUACUAGCCACCUGAUCCCCUUUAUUAGGCCAUUAAAUUGAGGGUUUUCUGUACUUGUAAUUAAUCAAUGAUGGAGUCCACAUAGGUUCACAGCUGACCUAGAAAUUGUUGACGAAGCUAGUUUGACACUCGGUCCAUUCUGAACCAUUACUGUAUCGAGAAUCAGGGUGGACAAGCAUACUAAUUCAGAUUCAUUUCCAAUUUGUGGGUUAGCUGUGAUUUGUUUUGGUCAUGGUACUGACUUAUUUUUUUAGAUGUGUUUUUCUUCUCCUAACAGUGUCAUGCAGACUUCUAAGUUUCUCCAAAUUUAUAAACAAGACUGAUGUACCUUAGUAUACCUUACCUUUUUUUUUAUUGUUAUCUUGCUGUGUAAGUACCGUAUUUGUGUGGCAUUUGACCACAGCACAUUUGUUUUACAUCACCAAUGCUAAUCAAAUAUUUGUUUUUGUCCAUUUGGAAAAUACUGUACCAGUACAUUUCCUCGUUUUCAUUAAGAGUAAAAUUAUUCUCAGUAUCCACAAAUGCUGAUUACCACAUAGCAUUACUUGCUUGGAUAUUUAGAGAAUGUAGUAUUGUAAAUUCUCAGGGUUUGUGUUUGAUUAAUAAAUUUACAUUAUCUUUUAAGUUAGUGUAAUAUUCAUAUUAUUACAUGAAAACAACUUGGGUUUUCUUUCAUAAAUUCUACAGCAGUUAUUUGAAUUUUAGUAUUUUAACACUUGUAAAAAAAAAUUGUAUUCUGGUAUACACUUGUGUACUUAUAUUUUAACUUAAUGUUCAGGGAGAUCAAAUUUAUUUACAGAUAGUGAAGGGUAACUUCAGUUAAUAUUUUUUUUACAUUCCAAUGUAAACUGUUUAUCUUGAAGUGCAUUUGGCAUGGAUUUUUUUAAAAAAAUGCUGACAUACUUCAUUAUGAAAGCUUCCAAAAAUAUGAAGCAUAGGCAAGACUAACAACAAAGAUGUAAAUAACACAUGUGAUCACCUGGGUAUUUGUUUUGAUAUACAUUUCACUUGCACAGCAGACUUUAUCAAACUAAUACAGAAGCAUGAGGAUGAAGAGUUUUAUAUUGGAGUUGAGAGAUGCAGCAAUUGCAGACAUGGUCACGUGUGGGUGAUGCCCAUUAGAGAAAGUAGGUCAAACCUAUAAGAUUUAGCUAUGGCUUGUAGAUCAUCUGGAGAGAUGCAGCAGUUGAAGUUGUCACAUAGGCAAUGCCCACUAGUAAAAGUAAGUCAGGCUCCAUAAGGUGGUCCAAAGAAUUAGCAAUAGAAUUGUAGAAUAUUUUCUCCACCAAGAUUCUAUGCUGUUGCUGUCUCAAACAGGUAUGACAAGAUAAAAGUAUAAUACCAACAAGUUUUUUGAUGACUAGACAUGUGUGCAAUACUUGAUUAUUGAGAGACAUUUUGUCUUCUCAGCAUUCUUUCUCAAUCUAAUAGAUUAUUUGAUAAUGCCUGCUCUGCAACUGAAACAUCUGAAUGAAGCUACCCAGGUGUUGCACAUCUCUUAGCCAUAUACUUAUUGGCAUUAUACCUUUGAUUUAAAAGAAUGUAAAUAAAAGCCAUUAUACUGGGGCAUGUCUUUAUUGUUGACUUUCUCUCUUGGGUAAGCUUCAUAAAGCCAGUUGAAAAGAAUAAAAAAAUCAAGCUUAUAUAUAUGAUAUCUUGUUAUAGGAGAAAGUAGAUUAAGUGGGUGAGGGUAUACUAGGUUAAUUAAGAAAUUAGUGUUCCUUGUUGAUCACAAGAUAGAUACUAAAGAAAAUUGGAGUUUCAACACUUUAGAAAAGAAUCAAUUGGCACUUAAUAUUGAUGUGCCUAUUAUAAAACUACUGCAGUACUGAGCAGAGUUAAUGUAAUUAGUUUGAUGCAGCAAGGACCAGUGAAUCCCUUCUCACCUUGUUUAUCCCUCAUUAUGGCAUUGUACAGUAGGCAUCAUACAUGUGCGUGCUCAUUAAUUCUUCACACACAUAAUGAGCAAGCUCUCCAUAAAUUAUUGGUUUAAACAUAAAAUAUUGAAAUAUGUAUGGGCUACCUACCCUAGUAUUUUAUAGGACUGCCCUUCCUCAUGAUGCACUGUUUACAUCUAAAGUAUAUAUUACUAUUAUUAUAAUCAAAUAAAGCACUAAACUGUCAUCUAAAGUAUAGAGGAUAGUAGUUUAAUACUUUCCCACACCUUAGUUGUAUAUCCUUGCAGUUUAGCGCUGCUUUUGAUUAUAAUAAUCCCACACCUUAACCACACUCAAGAGUUUGGGGAGAGUGGACACGUCCCUGCCACAAAACUUAUGCUUAAUCAAGUUCAAUAUGUUCUCUAUUGAAGUCCGGUGAGUUACCAGGGCACUUAUUAAAGAUUGAAAUUUCACAAUCAUUACCUAAUUGUCUUCAGCAGUAUAGCAUAUAAAAGUUGCCCUGUGCCCUGGCACUUUUCAAAACUGUCAACAAAUAGUCUGCUAAAAGAGUACUUGUAUGUGUGCAUAUUUAUGAUACCUACUGUGUAAACUUUAUGGGUACCUAUUUUGUUUCCCUGUGAAUUUAACAAUCAGUCUCAUUGUCCACAUCCUACCCCUGAUACAUAAGCCUGUAUUUUGCUGUACUUUUCAGUUAUCUCAGUAGGCUUAUCCCAGGUGAAAUGUUCACAUUAAAGACAGGCUUUGUGUGGUUUUUUUUUUCACAUAAAUAACAUGACAUUUUUUGUACCUUUGAAUGCAGAUUAACAGUUGUAAUGAAAUAUUCUUAAUACAAUUAGCAUCGUCUGAUGUUAGAGUUGACUACAGUUAUUGCCAAGCAAGGACUUCAGCCAAGGGUUCACCUGUUCUCUUGACUGGGACCAGUUCUUCCUAUAGGUAAGGGAAAUUCUCUUUACUGUAUUUGAAACAAAAACUUCCUGUGACAGCUAACUUAUGCUUAUGGUGAACUAAAUUAUAACUUGUGUAGACAAAUGUGUCUUGCAGCUGAGAUAGAUAGUACACAAAAUGUAUAUUGUCACAGUACUUAACAUUACCAAUUAAUUUAUUUAUGACCUUUAUUUAUGGUAAAUAUUUUCUAGCAUUUAAAUACGUACUGACCAUAGAAUAUGUACAAUUGAAAUGUAUUCACAGACAUUGUAAUCUAUAUGAAGAAUUCAAGUACAAGGAAUAAAUUGACUGGCAUUGUUACGUUUAAGGUUAGGAAGUUAUUAAUAUUUUUAUAUUAAUGGGAAGUGCUAAGCUCAUAAGGGUCACACUGCAUCUGGUAGAGGGAUGUUUGGUGAAUAAUCACGUUUGACCCCAGGAAGAGGCGUGUAGUUUAAAGUAAUAUUCACAUGGAAGUGCUGAACCUGUAGAAGUCAUCAUGCCAGGAAAAUGGGAAGCAAUUAUGGUUGAUCUAAUUAAGGGAAGGGGCAGCUCCAGUUCUUUGAAUCAAGAGCCUUUCAUUAAGCCUCCCCCCCUUUAAAGGGUGUAGAUUCAGUUCCUUGGAUCAAGAGUUUCACAAGAAUCCAGGCUUUCUUGUCAAAGUGUAAGGUUGGGAGUUGAAACUGGGAGUUUAUUAGUACACUGCAGCUAAAAUCAACAAAAGAAACAUUGAUAUACAAAUAUUUAUUUUCUAAUUUAUAAAUAUUAGGUAUUAUAAUUACAUAUAAAAAUUAUUCGUAACCAUUAUGUUUUCUUAUUAAGGCUGAAGUAUAAGUGUUAAUGAUGAAGUUAAGCUCUGUUUCUUGAUGUUAUUCUGCCAAGAGUAACAUUAGAAGGACGAAGCUUUUUAUGAUGUGUUCACACUAAGUAGAAAAGUUUUUAAUGACAAAAAAUAUAUUGGAGACCUACAGUAGCUGACAGCUUAUACGUGUUUUUUUUUUUUUUUUUUUUAAACUUGUUAGAAUUUUCCUUUGUAAAGAGUUUUAAACAUAAAGUAUUUUUUGCUACCAGCCUAUGUCACUGCACAUUGAUGUUAAUAGCUUUGGAGAGUAUAAGACUGUUUUUAGUUAUCAUUAUACUCUUUAAUAUUUCCCACACUUUCUGCAUUUUUACACAUCAGUUCUUACCUUUUUUCUUACACUUUGCAAGUCAUGUAGUCAUGAGCUCAUAAGGAGAAUGACAAAACACUUACAAGUGAAAAAUUCUUUCAUUGUCUGUUGGUGCUUUGUAUUACCAUACUUUACCAUUAAUGUUAUUUUGACACAAAAAAUGUCAAAAGCUCUGAACUGCCAGUAAUACUAGCUAAGAUCCCACAAGGUGUGAAAACCAGUCUAGAACAACAGAUUGUUGUACAUAUAUUAUCUAGUGGUUUAUUUCUUUUGGUCAUGUACUGUAUAAUGGCACUUCUUCAAAUCCUAAACAACCAGAUCAAGAAUCUUUUAAAGUUUUUCCAAAAAAAUUUUAGUUCAUUGGUUUUGUAGGGCAAAAUUCUAUUCUCAUAUAUGCAUACACUCGCAGCAUCUUAAGAGUUAUUCAAAAUCAGAUCCCAUAAUGUUUUAUACAAACCAUACCACGGGUGGGGCCACUGGGUCAGCUGGCUACAAUAAGAUUCAUCCAACUAUUACGUUUUUGCGAAUCAUGUUUUAUACAAAUUUGUGCUUGUGGUGAUUUUCUUAGUGUUUAAUUGGAAAUAGAAUACAGUAUAUUGACAUGUGAAUAAUGCUGAAACUGUUCUCAAUUCCUAAGAGAUACUGAACAUAAUUUGCCACUGGUGCUAAUUAUUUUCAGGUAAUGCAGUAGCACAAGUAAAUGUUUGUUAAUAGCGUAGAGGAAUACUUCACUUAUCCAGUACUAGUUUAACAAAUAUCAUUGAUAAUGUAAUGUUAUAGUUUUCUCACAGUAUAGCAUUGGAAUAGAAGUAUGAACAUUUACUGGUUCCCUUUUAAUUUAUAUUACCCUGACUCUGUCCUGCUCUUAAAAUUAUUUAUGCAACACUGAUUUUCCUGCACCUCUGGUUCCUGAGCUUUGCUGGUAUGUUGAUUUUGUAAAGUAAAAGGACACAAGUGCAACUAAUGUGACAUUUAUUGUGGCAACGUUUCACUCUCCAGGAGCUUUAUCAUGGCUUGAUAAAGCUCCUGGAGAGCGAAACGUUGCCACAAUAAAUGUCACAUUAGUUGCACUUGUGUCCUUUUACUUUACAUAUUGUCGGUAAUUCUACCAACUUUAUUACAAUGUUGAUUUUGCCAGACCAACAGAGGUCAUGUAUUAAUAAUUCAACAAUAUACCUCUGACCCACCAUGGUCUGCUGCAAACUUAAAUUAAACAUUAGCAUAAAUAAAAUAGAUUUAUUUAGUAGUGUACUUAGAAAGAAUGUUGAAGUUCUACCACUCCCAAAGUGGUAAAUUUUAGAGUUUUAUUGGAUCUGCAGAGCUAAUCACUAGCUGUAGAGUUAAUUGUCAGCAAAAUAUGCUAAUAAUUGCAUAGAAUUAAAGGAUCCCUACCAACUGCAGUGUAAACAAUAAAGGUGAGCACACACUUCAUACAAUAUCAUCUGUGGCUGCCAGGUCAACUGUUUUGGGGACAAGGUAGUCUCGUAAAUUUAUCCAGACUAAAAGAGGUGCUGGCUGAUCUGUUGCUGGUAAAUCAGCGUUGAACCUAUAUUGCAGUGUGUAGCCUCUAAUGAUAAUAGAUUAUUAUUAUUAUUAUUAUAUUAAAGGAGGUGCUAGAUCUGUACAAUCAUACAGUAUUUGGGGAAUGAAAAGUUAUCAUUUUUGAUAAGAGGAAGGGAACAGUAGCUCCAGUUCUUUGAAUCAAGACCUCUUCACAAGCAUUAAGACACUCCCUUAAUCCUUAAAUUGUCCAAACGUAGAUAUACGUUCACGUGUGUAGCGCUCCGACUUUGAUUUUCCCCAUUUGAAAGCAUGUAAAAAAAAAUAGAUCUAUGUUCGGAGACCCCUGCACGUAGACGUAGAUAUAUGUUUGGACGGUUUAAGGGUUAAAAGUAUUGCUAUUUGUUGCUUUUCUGAUGGACUAUUUAGAGCUACUUUUCACUUUUUCAGAUCAAACCUGAUUUCAUUUUUAUUCAAAGGGAAGCAACGCUGUAUGACUUUGGUGGCUUAGCACUUAGUUUUGAUGAUAAUAUAAUUAAUAUUCAAAGGGAAGUGCUAAACCUGUAGGGGAGAUCAAGCCUUCCAUUCACUAGGUGCUGUAUGACCCUUAAGGCUUAGGAUUUCCUAUGAUUAUAAUUAUAAUAACCCUUGUAGCUUUGAGUUUGAGAGGCAUUCUUAAAACAUAUUAAUACUGGAUGAAAUGCUGGAAUUAUCAUUUUAAUUUAAUGCAGUAGAUGUACUUUUUUGUUUUGUUAGUAACUGAGAGGCUGUGAAAGCAAGUUUGAUUAAAAUUUAUGAUAAUUUAUGUAUUUCUACACAAUAUAACAUCAAUUGUCUUAUAGGCAUAUUGUAGCUAAAAUGCCAUACAUGUGAGAAAAGCCAGAAUCUGCUCUGAAAUGUCAGAAUACGCAAUAAAACUAAGUUGUCUCAUAUUGUUCUAAUUAGAGAAGUUAUGCACAUAACUGAUAAAUAUUCCUUUGAAGGGAUCCUUCCAGGGUUGGCACAGACGUGGGUAACCCACUUUUCCCCCUUCACUUUUUUUUUUUAAAUAACCCAUUGGAAAAAAAAAUCAAAUAACUGAUACAGGCUGAUUUUUUUUUAAAAGGUUUCUGCUUUUUCAAUGGCUGACUUUUUGCAAGAAAAUAUUUAUGAAUUUGUUUUUAAAUUUAAAAUUACCAGUUUAUUUUAUCUGCAGGACACAAAUUGGUCUGGUCAGUAGCAGUUCAGAUGUAUACGUAUUUCCUAACUUAUGAUGCUUCAAAAGUCUUUAUCAGGCAUAAAAAAGGUAGCAUUGAAGUUACCAUUUACCAGCCUAGGUGGGCUGUUUUUUUUUUUUUUUAAAUCCUUAAACUGUCCGAAUGUAGAUCUAUGUUUUCAUGCGUAGCGCUCCAAACUUGAUUUUCCCCAUAAGAAAGAAUGUAAAAAAAAACGUAGAUGUACGUUCGGAGUGCUAUGCGAACGAACGUAGAUCUACGUUUGGACAGUUUAAGGGUUAAAUAAGUGGACAGUUAUGCCAACCCUGGGACCUACAUUAGGUAUAUUACUGUCAGCUAAAUGGGAUGAUGUACAAAGUAUAGUUAUGACCUAGCUAAUGGUGUACUUAAAUUAGAUAUAGGUAACAACACAACUUUUAAGUAAACCCAGAUACUCAACUUCAAUGCCAUUUUUUAUUUUAAUAUUUUUGUAUAUUUUUUUUUUACCAUAUUCCAUGUUUCGUGGUAAACAAAAUACAUUACAGUACUAACCCAACUUACAUUUGCCUGAAUUACGCUGAUUUGCACUUACAAAUGAGGACCAAUACUGUAUUUUUUUAUGAAUGAAAAUUUGCAGUGUAACACAACAAUUCUAGAGGUUGAUGAGCUUGUAAGGUGGGGUAAUACUGUAUAUUUUACCAGUACAGUGGACACCCGGUUAACGAACUUGUAAGGUGGGGUAAUACUGUAUAUUUUACCAGUACAGUGGACCCCCGGUUAACGAACUUUUUUCAUUCCAGUAGUAUGUUCAGGUGCCAGUACUGACCGAAUUUUUUCCCAUAAAGAAUAUUGUGAAGUAGAUUAGUCCAUUUCAGACCCCCAAACAUACACGUACAAACGCACUUACAUAAAUACACUUACAUAAUUGGUCGCAUUUGGAGGUGAUCGUUAAGCGGGGGUCCACUGUAUAGCUAAAUACCACUUUAAGUGAUUGAUCUUAUUCACCUACCAAAUCAUUAAUCUUUUUAAUAUGUGGUUAGUUUCCCCCAUUUUAUUGUAUACCAUUUAAAAAGUUCUAAAUUUGUGCGAGUCAAGUUAUUUUUCCCAUAAAACAUUACUCUCAACACUUUGAAUACAGUGGCGUUUUUAUCUCGCUUUUAUUUUGUUUUCUUUCACUGCAGAAUAUUUUUUCGAGAAGUCUUCAUUGAUUUUUCAUAUUUUUAAGGCACUUAUCUGUUGAUUGCUUCAUUUGUGUGAUCAAGCCUUUUAGGAUGCAGUAACAAUAUGCAUAAUAUUAAGUAAUAUUACACAUAUUGUUCUUGAAGAAGGAAAAAAUUAUGAUCACUUUUCCCUUUAUCGUAUUAAAUCUCACAUUCAUAGUGUGUGAAUGUAAAUUAAUUUUUUAAAUAAUUUUUCAGGUACAGUAUCUUGAAUGUUUGUAAAUUUUGAGGCAUGAAACGUAGAAACGAGGAAAAUUAUGUCCUAGUUUAUAUGUAAGGGAUAUAAAUCUCAUUUCAUUAGUGAAGGUAAGCAGUACUUUUGCAGUUUUAUGCAAUAGAAAUCUUGACUUUCAAGCAGCAGUCUGCUUGUUUAAGGAUACCUUUCAAAAUAUGGUUGUAAUAUUUGUUAACAUUUGUACACUUUCAAAUAGCAUUGUACAGGUUGCCCAUUAUGACACUUAACAAUGGAGAACAUGUAGUGUACAUGUAGCGUAGCUGUGGUUAACACGCUGUUUCAGUAAUUUAAGUGAACAUUGAUGAGAUGUAAUAGGUAGUACAGAGACAAUAAGGUUUAAGAACAUUUUUA